AUGUUCCUGGAAGCGUUGAGUAGGCAAGACAAGCCGGAGUUGAUCAAGUGUGUAGGCUUUCGCGUCACCUCGGGUGAGGAGUUGAAGCCCCAGGCGGUGCGUAGCCAGGUGUGCCUGGCGAUGUCGUCUCUCUUGCCACCGGCUGAGUCGCGUCGAGUUAGUUCGAAGUCCUGGCGCCAAAUUCCAGUCACGCUAUCAUUGCUGGGAGGGUUGGAUCCCACUGAAGUGUGUGCUAUGGGGAACUGGUUGGAAAACCCACGCCGUGGCCAGAAUGUGAUGCCCUGGCGAUAUCAUCGGGCAAAGCUUAAACAAGCGACUUUAAUCAAGCAUCAGCUCAGGUAUGUCAUGAAGGAGCUCCUUCUCGAUCAGGCCUGUUCCUCGUGGGAGCACGCUGACAGCGAGUGCAUCCGCUUGUCAUUCCAGAGAGCACGCAAGGCUGUGGCUGCCGAGUUGGCAGAGGCUGUUGAGGUGGAGUAUGCGUGGCGUCGUGGGUCGCAUUGCAUGACAGGCGAGCAAGCCUUCCGCCUCCGCCACUCCAGCUUGGCGCGUCUCCGUGUGAGCUCAGUUGAGCAGCCCGCUGCGUCCAUGCGCCAGCAAAAGCGCAAGAGACAGCGAGAGGUGGUGCCAGCGCGUGCAGUGAGCGCAGGGAAUGCUGCAAUUGCUCCUGAUCUGUCUCCCGUUAAGCCCAAGCUAAUCCUUGAUAAACGGCCUUUGACCCAGCCUCUUGCCAGCCUUGCCCCGGCCGUGCUAGCUCCGGCACAGGGCGAAGAGCCUGUAAUGACGCGUGAGUGCGACUCUGAGUCUCAAGAGUGUUUGUUUAAGCGCGUAGCCAAGAAUCGCUGGGUUCGUCCAGGCCAGAGCUGUGAUCCUGAGCCACCGACCGUCGUAGCCAGGUGGGACCCCAGCCGCUCCCUGCCGGUGGUCUUGUUAGGUGGUCCUCCUCUUCAGGCACAGGCUCAGCUGUUUCAGCGCCACGAUGUCAAACUUGUCAUCUCUUGCAUCCGUGAGUCCACUGCGGACGAGCCACGGUAUAGCCGAGUGCUGCUCUUCGUGACAGAUGCAGGCAACGGCAAGGUCCGGGUCCUCGACCUCGCCGCGGGCCUUGUCUCCACUGUGGCCACAGGCUUCCUUGAGCCGAAGGGGGUGCUCGUCACUGCUGAUGCCGCAAUGCCCGAGGUUCUCGUGGCAGACGCGGCGGGCAGUCACGUGCUGAGGAUCCCUCUCCCUGGCGACCUGCUGGCCGCUGCAGGGGCCUACCCUUGGCCGUCGGGAUGGACCCCACCGCUGGCAUCGACCCUCGAUGCCGUGCCCGGCAGCGUUGGUCUUAGCCGCCCCUCCUGGUUAGGUCUUCGCACGGCCACCGGCGACAUCUUUGUCGUGGAGGCCUCCGGCGCGAUGGCCGUGCAUGCCUUGUCUCUGAACGGCACAUCCAGGGUUCUCUUAACGGCCGGACCUUUCACUGGACUGUUGCCUCAGCCCCGGUCGGCGGCUGCAGUGGCCAGCGCGGGCGCAGUGGCUGUGGAUGAGUUUGCCGGCACGCCCUUGCUGCUGGUCGCAGACCGCGUGGCGCAUCGGCUUCUCGCGGCGGAACUGAUGCGCUCCGGCCGGAGCUGCUCGGAGCUUGGCUGGGCAUCCGAGCGGCAUGGUUCCGCACGCGUCUGCGGCCGCAGUGCCGGGGACCCGCUGCUUCUGGGCUCCAGGUGCAAUUUCAUCUAUUCCGCCGGCGUUUGCUGCUCUGGAGAGGUUGAUUUCGCAGCGGCAGAGGAGUUCUGUACUCUGCAAGGCGCCGUGUUACGAUUUCGGCACCUCUAA